AUGGAAUUGAAAGUCUAUCAUGAUCAGAGCAGUGGAGACGUUUUGUGGAGACGUUUUGGGGAUCCACUUUUAACUCAAGUUUCGAGUCCCUACCAGUCAAUUAACGUUAAGGCGACAGAAAACGUGGGCCAACGUGGGCCCACGCCUCCAAACUCUCUCUCCAAUCGGAUCAGGAACCACUUCGUUGUGAUCGAACGGGUCUUAGAGGUGGAGCAAAAUGAUGAUCACCCAUGCACAGAGGCGUGGAACGAGAAUGUUUCGCACAGACUAGAAAUUUAA